GCGCAUUCGCUGCAGCCGCACUGGAGAGCUACGGUCGAGGUGACGGUUUAAUCUCUCACGCCUCAUUAAAGAGGGAUCCGCCUGUGCGCGGUUUGCACACAGACCGUGAGCGCAUCUGCGUGCGCUAAUGUGAGGAAACGCUCCGCGAGAAAAAAAAAUCCUGCGUGGGUGGGUAGAUAGACGGAAGAACGGGACGAGGAGAGGGAAGCUGAAUCGGUGCACGUUAUGGCCACUGCAUAGGAAUCCAUCGCGACGGCUGUAGGGUGUGAAAAUAAAGUGGGAGUGUGAGAGGAGGAACAGAGCAGAAAGAAGAGGGAUCUACAAUGGCAGCAGAAGAGAAGCCUGCUGUGAAGAGCAGUAGCUCCAUUCUACCAUGUUUCCUGUUUGUGGAGCUGGUGAUCAUGGCAGGCACCGUUCUCCUGGCGUACUACUUCGAAUACACGGACACUUUUCCCGUGCACGUCCAGGGCUUCUUCUGCUUCGACAAGGCGUUCUCCAAACCGUACCCUGGACCGGAGGAGAGGAGUAACGUACCGCCGGUGCUCGUGUACUCUAUGGUAGCUGCUAUCCCCACUAUAACCAUUCUGGCCGGCGAGGUGAUGGUGUUUUUCAUGAGGUCGGAGGGCACGCAGGAGAAGACCAUAGUCACAGCCGACUGCUGUUACUUCAACCCUCUGCUCAGACGCAUCAUACGCUUCCUAGGUGUCUACACCUUCGGCGUGUUCACCACCACCAUCUUUGCCAAUGCUGGGCAGGUAGUGACAGGAAACCAGACGCCUCACUUCCUGUCAGCGUGUAGACCAAACUACACAGCACUGGGCUGCCAUUCCAACCUACAGUACAUCACAGAGCGCAAAGCCUGCACGGGAAACCCCCUCAUAGUAGCAUCUGCACGGAAAUCCUUUCCCUCCAAAGAUGCGGCCCUCAGUGUUUAUUCUGCAGUGUAUACAGUGAUGUACGUGACGUUGGUGUUUAGGACUAAAGGGACGCGUCUGACCAAACCCACACUGAGUCUGACUCUGCUGUGUCUGGCCAUGCUGGUGGGUGUGGUCAGAGUGGCUGAAUACCGCAACCACUGGGCCGACAUCCUCGCUGGAUACUUCACCGGCGGAGCCAUCGCUGUCUUUCUGGUGACGUGUGUUAUCAACAACUUCCAGCAGACAAAGCCCCCACCCCCACUGGUGCGACCCCAGCGCCCUGAGUCUGUGCUGGGCAUGCCCAUGGUGGCGCUGCCCUGCGUAGAGAGUCCACUUGAAAAACUCCAAGGGGAUCUCCAUUCACUGAGAUCACAUGACCAUCAGCCUCAUCGGUUCCCCGUCCCCCCCGAUGUCCUUGUACCGUCUCGCUCCAUUACCAGCGAAGUCUAGACCAGCCGUCCCAGCACGCGUGCCACUGCGCCGCCCACUCCGUGGGACGCUCCACCGCUCUGCACCGCUCCUACUCGACGCAGGUCUAGAUUUCCUCACCUCCAAC